AUGACCAUGCUGUCAAAUCAGUCAAGUACUGACCCUCCGAUUGACAUGACAGGGUCUUUGUCUUCAUCAAGUGCGUCGUCUAGCGACCAUUCAUCAAUUUCGGCCUCGGGCACUGACUCCUUUGUCUCCUCAUUAACUUCCUCGAUUCCACAUACUCCAAUAACUCCAACAACUCCAAUGAUUCCACAGCAUCCACAGGCUCAACAACAACAGCUCGGCUUGUCCAGGAAACCUCCAAUGCUCUAUUCUCCAGCAAAAUCCUUAGAAGCUCCACCUAUUCCUCCUAGGUCACCAGGACGUGUCAAUUCAACUACCCAGAUCCGCCUGUUGGACCGUGACAAGCGUUACUCUACAACAUCUGCAGCCACAGUUCCACCAUCUCCAAUUCUUUCAAGCUCAGGAACUACAACUCCAGGAUCUGCAUCUUCAGAUUCUAAAAUGCUCAAGCUUCAGCAACAACUUGCAGCUCUUCAAGAACAAGCUCAAGCUCAAAUUGAAGACGAUACUGAGGCUCCUCCUUCUAUCGACAGUACUAUUCUGGACGAUAAUAAUCAUUCUGCAUCCGUGGCUUCGGACGCUGCAUCAGCUGCGGCUUUACAAUCGGCGUCUAGCCUUUCUUUGGCUGAGCAACAACCACAUCACCCUCCGCUGACUGCAUUAUCUUCGCCGUCGUUGUCGUCCCUGCAACCACCACCAACAGAAGCACCAACAGUACCAACAUCAGCAGCAGCAGCGGCAGCAGCAGUACCAACAGCAACAUCUUCUUCAGCACGUCCAGUUACCUCGCCAUUGUCCAUCACCUAUCAUCAAACUAAACGGCCUCCCCCACUGGAGCCUAUCCCCCAGACCGCUCCAUUGGCACCUACUCUGCAUUCGGCCCCUCCUGCACUUAUCACUCGGCACCACUCCAUCCUCUCGCCAGUCACCCCUUUGGAAAUUGGCCAUUCUUCUUCGGAAUCAUCAUCCCCUGCUCCUCCUACUCCUCCAAUGCAAACCCAUACAACUAUCCCUCCAGUGGCACCACUUUCAAUCCAUUCUUCAUCAACCCCACCAACUCUUCCUCCAAAGUCACAACAUAGGUCACCUUCUCUUAGACUACUACGUAGCUCCAAUAGUAGUACGGCUUUAAGCUCUCCCGCAACACCAAAAACUCCUUUGUCUCUCAACUCACCUUCCAACAAUCCUAACAGCACCCAUGGUAGCUCUCUCAAAACUGCAGCAGCAGGUUUAGGUAAAUGGGCCGUCGCAAUUGCCCUAGUAACUCAUAACAACUCUGCAGAUUCUCUCCCAGUUAUUAAAUCGUUGCUUCCUGAGGAAUCUUCGUUUUUUUCUUUUAGUAAAGAUGAUACUCAAAUCAUUAGUUCUUGUGCACUGCCUGAACCAACUCCAAACCUUGAUUGCACUGUUACCAAUUUUUUUUCAAAACAAGCUGCCGCUAAUUUAGAAGGACCUUCCAUUAGCUCAUGCACGUCUCAGUUUCACUCUUUUAGGUUUGAACCGUCGCCAACAACGGUGAUCCCCUCAUCUCGCUUUGCUUCUGCAAAAUCUCCUUGGGUUCCGUCGUCGCAACCUUUUUUCCCCAUUACUUUGGCCUCAUCCUCUUCCUUAGCCGCUGACAGAUCUUUGGACACAAAUAAUCAAACUUCAACCAAACGGCCCGAUAUUUAUGGCUUUGUCUUAGCCUCCACUACAGUCACCAACGAGGGUGUUGUUUUCCAGGAUUCAAUUGUUAUCCUUUCCAGACUUAACUACCCACAGCUUUUCAACGCAUGUUUGCAGGUCAUUUAUGAUGUUGCAGGUCGUCCCAACAAUGACUUUUCAAGAGACGACGAAUAUAAACUCCACAUUAUAAACUCUGCCAUUUCCGAUAUGACUACAUGGCCUGACCCUAAGCCUAACUCAACUCUUGAGUUGGGCUUUUUGGGAACCAUUUUUACAGUGUCGAUCCCGCAUCACGAGUCUGUUCCUCUCCUUGGAACUGUUGAUCUCGAUUCUUCUUCUGCUCAUUUCCAUUCCAUGGGAAGGAAUACUCAUAAACUUUAUUCUCUCUCGACAAACUUUUCUACAAAUAACAUAUCCACCAAAAAACAACCAAAGCCUACUGCAUAUGCAUCAACAUCUAAUCUCACUUCUACAGAGUCUAUGCUCGACACCAAAACGGCAGUUCCAGCUGACGCCCCAGUCAUCACUGCCUCCGAGCCCUCUGGAACUUGGGAUUACAUAAUUAAUUACAUUUCUGACAUUGCUGAUAUUUAUCUCAUCUACGAGUAUGUCCUUCUAGGUAAGCCUAUUGUGGUUUAUGGUAAUUCUCCACACUUAGUUUCAACUUUUAUUUCGCUUAUCUUGGACUUGAUUCGACCUAUCCCAUACGGAGGCAGGGUCAGAGAAUAUGUGACGCCUCAAUGCGCACCCCUGGAUUUUGAGUCUGGUAUCACCGGCAUCACCAGCCCCUUUUUGCUGGAAAGUAUUUUCGGCAUAUCUAUGGAUUCUGUAGGCAACAUGAAUACCUCUGGAAUUUGUCACAGUACUACCAGUAAAUUGUCCAUUUCCCGCAACAAAAAUAUUUUGCUUUUUGUUUUGUCUCCAAACGCUAAGCUUAUCGCCUCGCAAAAACAUGCUGCAAAACUGGCCACUGCAAUUUCUAUUGGUUCUGGUUCAGCUUCUAAUAAUAAUUAUAACCUUGCUCUCAGUAAGCAACACAUUACUUCUCCUUAUUUCUACUACCGAACUUUUCACAGUGGUGUUGGAAUUUUACGGAGACAAAACAAUAUUUGGACUUCUUUUGCCAAUUUUGUAAUUAUUUCAAGUCCUACUAUACCUCCUACUAUUACAGCUGAUACAGCAUCUACCGCACAUCGCCAAAAUUAUCAGACUGUUGCAAAUAAGCAUACUUCUUCUCCAACCACCUCACCUAAAAAAGCGCAUCCCACCUCAACACCUUCAGCAAGCUCUAACCCAAAUGGGAAUGGCCUCAUCAAUAAGUUUUUUUCCAAAUUUGGGUUAUCAAAGCGGCAAUCAGUUGUUUCUCCCUCUUCACGAUCUACGCCGUCACCAAAUACUUCGACCAAAUCCCAUAACUCUAGUACAAAUUCGAGUUACAAAACGGUCCCAGUCACUAACUCUACCACUGCUGGAUCAUCGCAAGGUAAAAAUACUCCAAUUGUUACUAUUCUUGAAGAGCGACCCCGCACAGCUAGUGGUUUUCAUACAAGCCACGCAUCUUCUAAUAAUGCUACGCUGAAAAUUCAGCAGCACAACUUCCAGCAACAAUUCCAAGAAUCUGCUUCUCAAUUAAAGAAUAAACAGCAAGAAGAACUUAAUAUUACUGCUCGUGCUGCUAUGCGCCGGUCUAUUACCCAUAUUACCAAGAAUGGUCGACUACUUAUUCCUGAGUCAAAGUUUGUUGCUCAAAUUACCCAAAUGUCAGCAUCAGCGCUUCAACUGGCAAUUCCCAAGACAAUUGAAUACGUCAUGGCUGUUCGCGAAUCCAAGACUGGAACAAUCAGUCCUGAUGAGAUUGCCAAAAUUUUGGGCACCCCUAAGACCAUUGAUUUUGCUAUUCGCUUUCAUUUUGCUACUCUUACUUCCCGUUUCCUCGCACCGCUCUCUUGCUUCCUAGAACCCAAGAUUGAGAUUGGGGAUCGUAAUACUAUUAACGGUGGCUUAAGCCCCAUCAUGUCUAACGUCGCUGCCUCUUCUUCUGCGUUUAACCUGACUUCUUCCUCGGGUAACAAUCUAGUUAUUCCUCAUCAAGGAAGCCGCAGAAUGAGCAUGGAAUUAUCCAAUAGCUCACGUCGUGUUUCUUCAGGUCGCAGCCCGCUCAAUACAGGAACCAAUAGCGACCUUGAAAGUGACAGCGAAUACAUAGGCCGCUCUAAUAAGCCACGCGUUACCAGUAGUAGCAGCACCGCUACUAUCACCAGUUUUAGCGCUUCCACUGACAAAGCUAAUAAAAGUACUAGUAAUGGCUCCACAGUUGCCAACUCUAAUGCAUCUAGCACUGUUUCUGCGCCUUUGUUAAAUUCUACUCCCUCCAAGCCUUCUUCCUCUUCAAGGCAUGUAAAUGGAACCACCCAACCCAAUGCGCCUACUCUUGCAGCACCACCUGUGCUUCAUUCUUCUCAGGGUAUCACACCUCCAAAAGAGCGCAAGAAGUUUGGUAAACUUGUGAAAAGUUCUUCUGUUGGUCAGAGUGCUAGCACUACUAAUCUCACUCAGAGCAUGUACAAUCUGACAUUACCCACUAUCAAUGGCAGCGCAUCUAAUGUUGCCCAAUCUUCUAAAAGGUCCGGCAAACCCUCUCAAAAAGCCAAGGCUGGAAAGAAACCCAAUGGUACUGGCUCUCAUACCUCCGAUGGCUCACCGGGCACUCCACAAAAGCCAAAAAGAUACUCUCUUCCUCCUACGCUUACUCUCACUCUUAACAAUUUAGAUGAUGAUGAGGACUACUUUGCUGACUUACAAUCGUUUUAUACUCCUACUUCUGGUCCUGGGUCGAGUACUACUUCUCCCCACGCCCAGUCAAUGUCUUCUGGAUCUGCUGAAAAAGAAAAAGCCCACCAUUCUUUUUUUUCUUCCCGUCGUUUGUCGUCCCACUCUCGAAACAGUAGUGGGAGUAGCUCUAAAGGCUCACCGAGCAAUAGCAAAACUACCCCUUCUGUUUUUGUUCAGCCACCACCUCCAGCACCAAGCACAAGUUCCCAUUUUUCAUCUGGUCCUGGAAGCCAUGCUGUGUCUUUACUCCGAUCCCUUUCUGGCCGCAGUACUUCUCGUAAGAGUAGUAGCGGCGAUUCUAAGCACAAGCAUAGUUCCAGUGGCGAUGGAAAUAGUAUACCCAGCAUGAUCACCAAUAGUCCACGUGGUAGUGUUAUUUCUUCGGUUGUUCCUGGAUCUGGAGCAACUCUCAUGGAUGAUUCACGCCGUGCUAGCAGCGGUUCCAAGCGUAUUAGUCUGCGUCGCGUUUCAUCCAUUUUUGACUCGUCCACGUCAUCACACACUGAUCGAGACGAGGAUAAAGGAUUUGACAUCAGUAGUGCACUGCCAGUUACAACAUUUGGAACAUCAGUUGACAAUAGUGAUAGCACGUUAAGUCAUCAUCAUGGUACUGCUGGUAAUGGUGAGGAACUGGACGACUUUAAAAAGCAGGAGAUUUACAAGGAGUUUAUGAAUAAUGUCAACUUUGCCAACUGGCUGAAAAUGACACAUGCUGAAGUCUAUAAUUGA